CUCGAUUUCAAUCCAACGCCAAAAACGUUGUUUUCGCUAUUAUACAAGUACUCACCUUUUAAAUAAAAAUGAGUGAUGAUCAGGCAAACACAGUUUACAAUUGCGGAUUGUGUAGUGUAGAAUUUACAGUCAAUGAGAUCCAAAAGCACAAGUGCUUCAAUGGAUCGUCAAACUUUGUUGUUAUGGCUGACAACAAAGUUUAUCCACAUGUGGGAAGAAAAACAAUGGAAGAGAUGUUGAUAGCAACAGUCAAAAAACGUCCACAGAUAUGGAAUUACAAAGAGUACAGCUCAACUGAACGAUCUGCAAUUGUAAGGAGUCAACUGUGGAAUGAAAUAGCGGCUAUUAUGAACGCUAAUAAUAACAAUCAAUAUACAAUAUCUUUUCUUAAGACCAAGUGGAAAAACUUAUGUGACACGUAUAGAGUAUAUUUGACAAGGGAAAAAAUGAGCAGUGAUCAGGGCAAAAAAUGCAAACCUUGGAAGUAUAUGAAGCAAAUGAAUUUUGUCAAGAAUAUAGUUGAUACCAGUGAGCGAAAAAUAACUUUUAACACAUCGAUGCAGCCAGCAACAAAAGAAACUGCGAUGACUGUGAACAGCAAUGAUUCAGAUGUAGAAAUGUGUGAGAGUAAUGACAACACAGAAAUUCUGCAGAAUGAAACUGUAAAUAAGAUUCUCCAGUCUCUCAGUAAGCCAAUACCUGCACCACAAUUGAUUUUACCUCCGCCUCCUCCACUUCCAGAAAAAGAUGAAAUCGACUGUUUUUGUUUGAUGAUAGAAAAAAAGUUGCGAAAAUUAUCACCAGAACUUAUCGACAAAGUAAUGUUUCAAAUUCAUGAAAUUCUAUUCCGAUUUGAGCAUGAAAAAAAAACAGAAAAAAGUUUCGAAAGCUAGUCACGUUGAUAUUUUUUAAUUAGUAUUUAAGUUGAAUGACAUAAUUUUAUUUCCAACGGUAAGUUUCCUUUUCAUAAUAUGUGCAGCUUUGUAAGUAAAUUGUUUCAAAUUUGUCAGUAAAAUAAAAAUGCAACUUAUUUGUAAAAAUUAUGAAUACAACGUUUACUUUGCUCUUUUUACAUACGAAUUUUUUAUAUAUAAC